GACAUCCCUGGCCCAUGGAGUUAGAGAUGGAGAAAGUGUACUGGCCGAGCUGUCUUUAUGGAAAUGAAAAUGUUGAAUUACUGAAUAAGAUGAAUAAUGUUGUUGAAUUACUGAGAAUAAGAAAUUUUUAUCAAGUCUGUUAUUCAGUCAGAGCCAAGUCUGUCAUUCACAGUUAGUAGAUUUGUUUUUGUCAAAAACCAGCAUUCUCUCUAAUCCUCCGUCUCCAAAAAGCGCUACGUCGGCUACUGCUACGCCAGUCCGACCCAAGCAAAGCCCUCGCUUGAUGCUAAGGGCAUUGAAACCGUCAGGAGAGAUGUCUGCCGAUGGACACAAAAGAACAUGGAGAAGAUUCUGCAUAUCAUGUUUUCAGGCGUCCCAGAGCACUUGAUGGGCAAACUUGGAACUGUGGCUAACGCGAAUGCUCGGAAGAUGAACCAAGAAGAUCAAGGUGAAGCAGGAGCCUUCACUUCAUGCUCGGCACCGAUACAGUUUCCACGUGUAGCUCAUGGAGCAGCAGACAACAAACGCAG